AGGCUUGCAAGAAGACGAGGCCGUUUCCUUCGUCUUCUGGUUGGAUCGCAGAGGGAGAAAAAAAAAAGAGAAAAAAAUAAAGAAAAAAAAGGAAAAAUUGGGGAAAAAUUGGGAAAAAGGGUUUAUUUUCUUGUCGGAAGAGAAGAAGAAGCGGCGAUCUUGGGGUAGGGUUUGGGGAGGAUCGCCGUCGUGGAGCCGGGGGGAGCUGGAGUUGGGAGGCGAUCGGCAGGGUUGGAGGUCGGAUCGGUGAUUGGGAGGAUGUGGAGAGGUGGUUGGUGAGAGGGUUGUGGUGGUGGUUGAGGGAAGGAGUUGGAUGCUGACGGUGGAGAGGAGGGAGGAUGGGAGGAAGGGGAUAGGGUUAGGGUUUGGAGGGAGGAUGGAGGAGAACGAGCUUGAGGAAGGUGAGGCGUGCUAUGGGCAUGAGGAAGAAGGCUCUAGUCCUGAGAAGGAUCUCACCAAUCUCUCUUAUAUUGAUGAAAAGCUCCAUGAUGUGUUGGGGCAUUUCCAGAAAGAUUUUGAAGGCGGUGUAUCUGCAGAAAACUUGGGAGCAAUGUUCGGUGGAUAUGGUUCGUUCCUUCCUACCUACCAACGUUCGCCUUCUGUUUGGCCCCAUCCUACAAGGAGCCCGGCGAAUGCUUCGAGCCGCAAUGGCUCCAAGUCUCCUUGUAGCACAGCAUUAAUGGGCAUGCGCCAGAACCCUGCAGUUUUGUCUGUUGCAACUAUUAAUAAAACCUGCCCAGUGGAGGCGUCAACAACACCGUCAUUGGACAAAUCAUGCAAGAAGGACUCACGAAUGAAUGCAACCAUUUCCGCAGAUUCUAUUCCUCAGCAGGAUUCCAUUGGUACAAUUAUUAAUGGGAGUGAUCAGAAGACACUGAAGGUCCGCAUUAAAGUGGGUUCUGAAAGUGCAUCAGCUAGGAAUAAAGCUGCCAUUUAUAGUGGUCUUGGCCUUGAUAUUUCACCGUCCUCAUCACCAGAGGACAGCCCUUAUCUGAGUGAAGAUCAUUCUGCUGAUUGUCGAGAUGCUCCGGAGGAAUCUCCUAUGACCAUUAUUCAGAACAUGACAUGCUUUGCGGUGCCUGGAGGCUUUGUUCUUUCACCUCUUCAUGAUAGUCUGUUGCAUCUGAAAGAAAAAGAAAACUCUCCUCUUAAGAAUGUCUGGACAAACAUGUCUGAUAUGCCCCCCUCAACAAAAGAUGGAAAAAACCAUCUGCAAAAGAAAAUGAAGUCUUUAGAGAAAAGUGAAAGGGUAAUUGAUGUGAGAAGUUCAAGUUGCAAAGGCGAUGUAAGCUCAAGUUUGAAGAGGGAAACUGACACUGAGGCUUUGAAUGGACAAGAUGUUCGUCCGGAUGUUUCAAAUUUUACAAGUUGCUUGGUUUCCAGAGAAUUUGAAGGAAAAGAAAGUAGGCAAGGUUUUGGCGAGUCUUUAAAAGGUUCUAAGAUUCAUGACCUUUCCUUGGAUCCCAAUAAGCUUUCAGGGAAGGGUAGACUAUCCUCAUCUGAUACGGUGAAGGAUAGCCAACUGGACUUCAUUGAAAGCUUCGGAAAUACUGUUGUUGGUAUUUCAGCAAAUGAACCCACCUUCUCCAAAGGGAAUCUGGGCUCUAAAACAAACCUACCAGAGCAAGUUCAGGGAGAAAGAGGCAUGAGCAACCUUAAGGAUGCAUCAGUUGGUAUUCAGAAAGAAGGCAGAGGUAAACUUGAAAAAUUUUAUGACACUGCUAGAAGUGAUCCUGAUGAAAAUAUGGAGAGAAAGGAUCUUGGUGUUCAAUAUGCAGAACCUGCUAAUCAGAACUCAGCUCAUAAAGUUAAUUUAUAUGAACAAGAUGAGGAAAUGAUGUUUCAGGCCAGGAAACAAGCAUCUGAGGGUAAAGGAAAAUGGAAGAAAAGUCAAAUUAAUGGUGCACCAUCAUCGCAGUCCAUGAAGAAAAACGCUAAAACUUCCUCAUCUAUGAAAAUAAAAGAAAAGAAGAACAGGCAGCCCUCUAAAGGAGAGUGUGCUAAUGAUAAACUGAAAGAAUUGAAAUUUCGAGAUGAAUGCAGCGUGAACCAAUAUAAACAGUCUCAUGUGGAGUUAGGAGAUAUAAAAGCUGAACUAGCAGAGGACAGAACUAAGCUGUUGCACGCGAAGGAUAAGAUGAUGGGAAUAAAACAUGAAAAUGAGUAUCCCUUAGCAUCUGAUGAAAAGGCAAAGGGAGACCAAUUGUUAGGAUGAUAUAAUCCUCCCAUCUCUGAGGCAGUUGUUACUGCAUCAGUAGUUGCUCCUGUGGCAUUAAACAACCCAGCAUUGGAUGCAGUUGUUGCUCCUGCUCCCAAUGCUCCUGUUGUUAUAGAGGAAAACUGGGUUGGUUGUGACAAAUGUCAGAAAUGGCGCCUUUUACCAUAUGGGACAAAUCCUGGUCUUUUGCCCAAGAAAUGGCAAUGCAAUAUGCUAAAUUGGCUGGGCCCUGGAAUGAACAAGUGUAGCAUUAGUGAAGAAGAAACGACUAAAGCUUUACACGCACUGUACCAGUUACCUGUUUCUCAAUGCAACACUAAUGCAAAUGGUGUUAAUGCUGUUGCAUCAAACACGGUUCUGGCUGAAGGGCAAUUUCUCAAUCACACUUUUGGCAAUAAUACAACUAAUCUACCUGCUAUUGGGAAGAAAAAGCAUAAAUUGAAGGACCCAUCAAAUUUAGUUAAUGGUCCAGCUUUGUUGCAGGGUUCGGCUUCUGUAAAAAAGAACCAACAGGCUUCUGUGAAGAGCAGAAACUUAAAUGAUGUGAAUGUGAACCGGUAUCAGUUAGAAUCUAACAUGUUGAGCAAAACUGAUCUUGAGCAUGCAAAUAAUCCAACAGAUUUUGCUGUGGAUAAGCAGAAGCACAAAGAUGAAGUGAAGUCUCAGAUACUGGGAUGCCACUCUAACGGAGGUGACUUUGUUGGAAAUGCUGGGAGACCAUCCAAAUUAAAGAGCAAGAGAGAGGUGGAUCAGGAUGGUUUUACAACAUCUAAGAAGUUCAAGAAAGAAGAAUUAAAUUAUGCUAGUGAAGGAUGGCAUUCUGAUUAUGAAGGAGCUGUGAAUUUACUUUCUGCUAAGGACAAUGCUUUACCAACUGAUGUAAGCAAACACAAUAUGCAAAAUUAUAAUGGUUUUUCAUCUUCUAAGGCAGAAUGCAUUUUGCUAGCAUCUAGUAAGAGGGUAAAAGUUCAAACCCAAGCUUUAUCAAAUGGGGAGGUGAAGGACCUUGUUAAUGGGCCAAACUUGGAGAGAUCUAAACCUGGUUUUAUUAGCAAGAAAAGGAAAAAUAAGGUGUCACAGGAAACUAAGGGUUACCCGCAAAGUAUACAUGGUGAUCAACAAUUUAUGGACAGCAGGGUUGAUACUAGAGAAGCUUUUAGUGAAAAUGAAUUGAAGAGGGAAAAGAAGCUGAAGGUUUUGAAGCCAGAGGCAAAGGACUCAAGUAUUCGGAAGGCAGAUGGUAGGUUAGAGACUAAAGGUAGGCCAACCAAAAUCCUAUUCAGCGGCAGUAGGGAACAUCUGACAUAUGGAAUGGAGAAUGAUGGUUUUGCUGUGAAGGAGGAGCACAGAGAGCAAUUCCAGGUAAAUGCUAUGCCUAGACAGGCUUCAGAAGGUAUGGAAUCUUUUAAGAAAGAUUCGGGUUAUGCACAGUCCUCAGCAGCAGCUACUUCAAGUUCUUCAAAGGUAUCUAGUUCUCGGAAAAGCAGAGGAAACUUUCAGGAAGCAAGAGGCUCGCCAGUGGAGUCUGUUUCUUCAUCACCUUUCCGAAAUUCUAAUUCGGAUAAGGUUUUGCCUUCUAGGAGGAAGUUUGAGCAGAAGGAUGAUGCCCUUAAUGCAGGUUUGUCUGCUAUUGGAAGCCCAAAAAAUUAUUCAGAUGGUGAAUUUGAUGCAGGAAGUGUGCGGCCAGAGAGAAUGAAGAAUAAUGCAUCUUCCUUCCAGGGAAGAUCUCUCGAAGGUCACAGAGCUGUUGAGUCUCGAGGUUUAGAUUCUAUGAGAGGAAAAUAUGAUUACAAACACAAUGAAGCAAGUAAACUAUAUGAGGGCAAAGACAAGGAUGGUUUGCACUUAAAACUUUUCGGGGACACUCAUGAUGAUUUCUCACCUACUGAUUUUGAAUGUAGGAAUUUGGUCAAUGCCACUGCUAAGCAUGACAAAUAUGAACCAUUGGACAAAGACCAUUUCCGUGAUUCGGAAAAAAUGAAUAAUUACCACCUUGCAAAUGGGUCCAUGCAGAGGAAGUCAUGCAAGGGUUCUUCACAUUCCAGGGAGAAACAUAGUACUAAGUCUGGCCUGGAUAGAAGUAAGAUUAAGGUGCCAGGUUCAGUAAGUAAGCAGGUGGAGUUGCUUUCAGCUAAGAAUGACCCUGAUAGUCAAGACAUGGUUCACAGUGCUUCUCAUGAUAAUUACUGCAAAGAUUUUAAACAUGGAAAUGGAAACUGUGCAUAUCCGGAGAAGGAUGUGGAGGAUGUGGUGAAGAAAGAAUCACUUGUAAAAUUGUCUUUUGUAGGUGGCAGAGAAAGUCAUUCUGAUCGUGGAAAACAAGGAAAUUUGGAGGCACAUGGUUCUGGCUUGUUUGAUAAGCAGCACAGGGAUGGCAACUCAAGAGAUGCUGUUUCAGGGACUGGUGAUGGCAAAUCCAUGUUCCAGGAUAUUACCCAGCGGGAUCCUCAUGCAGAUGACAAAAAGCUGAUUGGUCGAUCUGAAAUGGCUCCAGGGAGAGGGAAGUCACAGCCAGUGGUUUCUUAUGGAGAUAAACAAGAAACACAGUGUCGAGGCAAUCAGUCGAUACCCACAGUUAAGGGAGGUAAAUUAGAAUCAUGCCCUAUUGAUGCAGCAAAUGGUGAUCCGAAAGUGAUCAAAUCAAGAAAACCUGAUGAGGAGAAUGGCACUCACCAAGUCAGUUUGAGACAAGCCACACCCAGUCGACUUGAUCACCGAAGUCCGGUUAGAAGGGAUGGUCAAUCUGCUGCAAAUGUAUUAAAAGAAGCAAGAGAUUUAAAGCAUACAGCUAACAGGCUAAAGAGUGAAGGGCUUGAACUUGAAAGUACUGGCUUGUAUUUUCAGGCAGCUAUGAAAUUUCUUUAUUAUGCUUCUUUAUUGGAGCCUCAUGUUGAAAGUGCCCGACAUGGGGAAGGUACCCAAUCAGUGCAGAUGUAUUCUGAAACUGCACGACUUUGCGAAUUUUGUGCCCAUGAAUAUGAGAGAUGUAAGAAAAUGGCUGCUGCUGCUCUAGCGUACAAGUGUGUUGAAGUGGCAUACAUGAAAGUCUCAUAUUUUAAACAUUCUUGUGCAAGUAAAGAUCGACUUGAAUUACAAUCAACUCUGCAGACGGUUGUACCAGGUGAAUCACCGUCUUCUUCUGCUUCCGAUGUAGAUAACUUAAACAACCAGGUUACACUGGACAAAAGUACCUCAGCCAGGGGUGUUAGUUCUCCACAGGUUGCUGGCAACCAUGUAGUAGUUGCUCGCAGCCGUCCCAAUUUUGUCCGACUCCUGAACUAUGCAAAUGAAACAGUUUGCGCUUUCGAUGCAUCAAGGAAAAUGCAGCUUGCUUUUGCAGCAGCUGGUUCUGGCUUGGACAAGGACUGCAUUGGUCGCUUGUCUUCAGUAAAGAAAGUUAUUGACUUCAACUUCCAUGAUGUUGAAAGAUUACUUCAACUUAUACGGUUUUCAAUGGAGUCAAUCAGUUGUUAAUAGCAUUCAAAUUUGAGAAGCGUUACUCCUGUGAAUAGAUCAUCUUCCUUUUGUUUUACUUCUCCACAAUGGCGGUGAUAAUGGACAAUCAGAUGGCUGGUUCUUAUGAAGUGUGUACAAAUGGGUUCUCUUUUGCAAUUCUUUUGAGGAAUAUUUGCUGUUUUUGGCAUUCAAGGCAUGGGUAAGAGCUUAGAUACCGUCAUCCAUGAGUGGUUAAGGUGUGACUUCCAGUGGUACUGUGUUGAGCUUCCACUAGAGCAAGAUUGAAGACCAUGCUAAGAUUAGGGUGUGUAGUUUUCUUGUAUGCUUUUGGCUUCACAGUCAUCUGGCAUAAAGAAAGAAAUUAGAUGUUGCAUCAUCCUUCCUUGGUUGACUCUCAUUAGGCCCUUCCAUGUUGCAUUUUUGUUACAGUAGGAUACAAACUGUCAAGUAGAUACAUGGGGCGAAGCUGUGGCUUUGUGAAUCAAUCCACAGAACAUGUUUAUUUGAGUAUAAAGUGUGUAAAUUUACCUGUACUAUAUUGCUUCGAAGAUGAACGCUGCUGGCUUGGUAGGUCAUCAUAUGCGGUUUUGCAAUAAAAGGGUAGGCUGGUACCAAAGGCUUCUCGUGCGCGGGGUUUAGUAAGGGUUUUGAAUGUGCACACGCUUGCUGCAUGUGGAGACUUUCUUUAUUCCAAACUUGUCACACCUUGAGCAAGUUUACACAACCACCUAAUCCCUUAAGAGGUUGGGUGGUGGUUUAUUGUUUGAUAUGACAUGAGAGUGUAUUCAAGAUUGUAAAUGAGGCAGUCUAGCUUUCAAAAUUUAAUUUUCUGAAUGUAGCAUUUGUAAAUAUAGCUGAUCUGACAUGAAGUGAUUUGGUUGACCUUCCUGAAGAGACAGGGGUAUCUGUUAUAUUUAUACGCUAACCAAGGGUUGAGGGCAUAAGCAAUUUUCUCAUUGGGUUCUUACUGCAGUCAGAGUGACCUGUAAAGUUCCAACAGGUUUCAGGUUACAUCUGCAAAGGCUGGAUCUGGAUGGCAAAUAUCAUCAUACAUUUGCAGCUUCUUAUUUUAGGACCCUCUUUUGUUGUGUCUCUCAUCUUAUAUCCUGAGACUAAUUGAUUCAUUGGUUCAUCCCCAGAAUAAAAUCAUAUAUCUACUUACUGUGGCUAAUGUAUCUUCUUCUUCUCUCUCUGGUUUCAUAUUUUUUUAAUUCGAAAUUUCGUCUUUUUUA